ACUGCAAAAUCAAAGUAGUCUUUGCACUUUUGGGAGGAGUUACCAAAUUUGAAAUAAAUAAAUACAAAAGUUCUAGUAUAGCUUCCCAUCUUGUAUCCAUGAUUAUAGCACUCACCCAAAGUACUCUGUGGAUUCUCCUGCUACUACUCUGCCUGCCGCUGCAGGAGAAUGAGGGCAGGCAGGCAGGACUUUCGCUCGAGCCCCAGUACUGUUAUAUUCAUGAGGAGAUCCUCGGAACCUGGCAACCAUCGCAUCAUCCCCAGCAGAGUAUCACCACCAGGAAAAAGCAGCCAGCCUGGUGGUUCACCCUCGCCGAGAGCCUCUUCCUGCUGGUGCUGGUGAAGCUGAUCCAGUUGUAGCCAAAUCGUUUCUGUAAUUGGUGAUGGUGAUGUAAGGCCGACAAUGGAGGCGUCAAAUGUCACACAUGUUGCGCCUAAAAAUCACACUGGAUGCGGUUUUUUUCUUUUGCCCCCCCACAUGAUAAUUUGCCGCAGGUCUGCGGAUGAACGGAUGGAUAGCGUUGGGCUUAGGUGAUUCUAAUUAAAUUGUUCGAAUGUUUUCCAGUGCGCGCGUGGAAAAUCGCUGACAAAUGUUUCCGUCAAAACAUGGAAAAAGUUUUCAUUUUGUUUUUGUGUUUCGAAAUGCAGAGGUACAGUGUGGCAAACAGAAAUUAUUGGGACAAAAGCAAGUACUUCAUACAGAAUAAAUAACAAAUUUCUCAAUGUAAAA